GUGGCAGCACCGGCAGAGUGACUGAAAAUUUUGGCAAGCAGACGCGUAAAAACAAACAAUAAAUACGUUUGAAAGGAGAUUAGAAUGGACUUGAACAUGAAACCUUCCCUGGCUGCCGAUGAAAUGUUUUCGGAAGGCCCUGGCUACAUGGAAAUGGACGAGUCUGGCGGUGCCACAGGAAUGAUGAUGGAUCAUCUCCCGGCCAACGAUAAGCAUGUCCACGCCGACUUCUAUAACGACUUCGAUGAUCUGUUUGAUGAAGACAACUGGGCCAAGGUCAAGAGCUCCUCGGACAACGCAAAGUAAUAGGUUUAAGUGAAGCGACUAAUAAAGUUCAAUCAAAACUA